CUCUGCCACUAUGUUAUGACAUUUUAUUUAAAACAGCUGUUGUUAAUCAUUAAGAUAGAAGAAGCAUUUGGUAGCUAAAUUUUCUCUUGGAUUUUAGGUCGUUAAAAACCCGAAUAUGGUGGUCACCAACAAUGUAACGCUGCCUUCCGAUGAGGAGUUGACCGUUCCAGAACUGAACUUGUCAACUGCAGCUUUACGUGCCGGAGCCUUUCAUUUGGGCAAAGCUUGCGAAUUUCAGAACAAUGAAUUCAUGUUGUGUCGUCAGGAACUAGACGAUCCCAGGGCAUGCUUGAACGAGGGAAAAUCUGUUACCGGUUGCGCCAUGGAUUUCUUCCGCAAGGUCAAGAAGAGUUGUCAUGAAGAAUUCAUGCAAUACGCCACUUGUUUGGACAAAUCAAGUGGUACUAUGUCGUUUAGCCACUGCCGGAAGACACAAGGUGUCUUUGACAAAUGUAUGAAAGAUAAUUUCGAUAUUGAUCGUCCAGAAUAUGGAUACUUUACUAGAGCUAAGAUCCAUGCUACCAAUCGCCCAGCUCCUCCCAAGCCUGAAAAGAAGGUAUACGCCGAUGCCACUCCUGGAUUGCCCGAUGACUAUCCAAAACCACCUGCCAAAUAUGGUGCUCGUUUCCAUUGGCUAGAAUAAACUACCGUCAAAUAUCUUUAUUCGUCAUUAAACAAAUUAUGUUAAACAAAUUAGUUACCAAAAUAAAACUACACGCGUAGUAUGUCAUAUAACCCAAAAAUUUCAAAGGAAAGCAUAAUUAGUAGAAAAAACGAUGACAUACAAAAUAUGGACAAACAA